CUUUUAUUUUGCAAUUACACCUGCAGGAAUAUCCAGGAAGUGCGGGAGUUACUUUAUGGGCAAAUAUCCUUCCCGACUGCUUGUCCUGCUGCCACUUGGUAAAAGGUAGCAGAGCGCCCGAGUAUCGCAGGGCCACCUGUAGCUGAGCGCAGCAGCAGCAAGCAGCUGUCAAUCAGGUGAUCUACACUCGUCCAGCAGUGACACUGACACUCGUCCAUCAGACAUGAGCUUCUUCGGCUUCGGACAGACCGCGGAGAUCGACAUCGUGUUGAAUGACGCCGAGACCAGGAAGAAAGCCGAGCACAAAACCGAGGAUGGCAAGAAGGACAAAUAUUUCCUUUUCUACGACGGUGAGACCGUAAGUGGGAAAGUCAACGUGACUCUCAAGACUCCUGGAAAGAGGCUGGAGCACUACGGCAUCAAAAUCGAGUUUGUCGGACAGAUUGAGCUGUACUAUGACAGAGGGAACCACCAUGAGUUCGUGUCGUUAGUGAAGGAUCUCGCUCGACCUGGUGAGCUCACACAGUCCCAGACCUUUGACUUUGAGUUCACCCAUGUGGAAAAGCCCUAUGAAUCUUACACUGGCCAGAAUGUCAAACUAAGAUACUUUCUGCGAGCGACAGUCAGCAGAAGGCUGAAUGAUAUCAGUAAGGAGAUGGAUAUCGUCGUGCAGACGCUGUGCACAUAUCCAGAGCUCAACUCCUCCAUCAAGAUGGAAGUUGGCAUUGAAGAUUGUCUCCAUAUUGAGUUUGAAUACAACAAAUCCAAAUACCAUCUGAGGGAUGUUAUCGUAGGAAAGAUUUACUUCCUCCUCGUGAGGAUAAAGAUCAAACACAUGGAAAUCAAUAUAAUAAAACGGGAAACGACUGGAACUGGACCCAGUGUGUACCAUGAAAAUGACACCAUUGCCAAAUAUGAGAUCAUGGAUGGGGCACCUGUGAGAGGCGAGUCGAUCCCCAUUCGCUUGUUUCUCGCUGGAUAUGAGUUGACGCCCACCAUGAGGGACAUCAACAAGAAGUUCUCUGUGCGUUACUACCUGAACCUAGUCCUUAUAGAUGAAGAAGAGCGACGCUACUUCAAACAACAGGAGAUCACACUCUGGAGGAAAGGAGAUAUUGUGAGGAGAAGUAUGUCCCAGCAGGCCAGCAUUGCUGCCCAGAGAUUUGAAGGAUCAAACUCUGAAACUGCAUCCGCACAAGCCAAAGAGGAGAGUAACUAGACGCUUUAUGUUCCUUCAAUGAACCUUGUUACAUCUAAAUCUCCAAGGGAUCAAUGUUGGCAAGUGAUUUUUGUCGAAAAAGUGAAAUCACCACUUCUCGCGAUCAAAAAUGAGAAUCGAGCUUAAAUGUGUAUAGAUUACAAAAUAUUUUUUUAUUUCUCUUUCCAAUACUGUGUACAUUUCCAUUAUAUUAUAGUGGCCAAAGGUUUUAAAAUGCUAGAAACAGCUCUUUUCAUCAAUAUGGGUUUGAUUUGCGCUUCAUGAAGCUGUAAGCAUCAAUAAAUUCCUCUUGUUAUGCUCAAAUUUUACUCAAGUCCAGUACACUGAAAAGUCAGAAUCUAGCUUCUAUACUUUGUCUUGUUUAAUGAGCCAAGAAUGAGAUUUAAUGUGAUCUUUUGUGUUAUAAAUGUAGCACUUCAUAGAGCUCUGCACAGUAUUAUUUCAUCAUUUAGGGGAUUUCAAAUGAAGGCCUCUACAGAAAUGCCUAAUAAGGGAACUACUAACUUACUUUUCAUUCAUAUUUUUAUCAUUAACUUUUUUCUUUUGAUCUGGUGUCUUAUUGUUUAUUUCCUAUUAAGUAUCAUUGGCAACACAAGGUUCCAGUAUUCUCAAGAGUACAGUUAAACGCUGGAAUACAGAAAAUCCUUUUUGUGAUUGUUUGCGACUCAUUUUUAAGGUGAAUUUUCCACUCUUACAUGUGUGUGUCAUUGUAUUAUAUACAAAAAUAUAUACAACAUAUUUGUUUGAAUAGCUUAUUAGCUGUUCAAGUGAUAUGAGGUAUGAAUAUUAACAGCCAUGCAAUCGUGAAAACUUCUGCAAAAGGCUCAUUUAAUCUGCCUUAUUGUAAUAAAAUUGACUAACCUCUGGA